AUGGCCUCACAGAAGCAGAUGCUAGCAGCUUUACAAAAACAGGCCGCAAGCCAAGCAGCCCUACUUGCCAGCCGUCCAAGAUUUGUCAAGAGGGUUGAAUUGACCAGUGAAUAUACCGUCCACUUGGUGAAGUUCAACAACAAGCCAUACUUGGCGAGCGCGGAGAUCGCGGCUUUCUUCUGGGAAUUCGAUAAACUUCGAUCUGUGUUGCGACAAAAGAAGCUGGAUUUGAGCAGGGAGGUGAUUUCCAGUAAAGAAUAUCCCGAGCUGUUCACAGAGCUUGGCAUGUACAAUGUCCCAUGGAUGUUUGAAGGGAAAGCUCUGCGGUUAUGUAUCACUCUGUAUCACCUCCCAGGAGUGCCAGUGAUCCUUCAGGAACUGGGGAACAAGUCAGAAAGCCUUAAAUCGGCCAUCAAACAGCUGAUUGAAACCUUUGACCCUAAUGACUUGUGUUGGAAUCCACAGCUGCAGCUAGAGAGUGAGGAGGCAGACGGUAGAGGAGUAACAGCAGCCAUGGCAUUGGACGGCAGGGGGACAGCUGCCGAACAGUCAGACUCUGGUUCCAUCUUUGGUGAACUGGAACUCCAGGAGAUGAAGAUAACGCGUGAUGUACUGCAAAUUAAACGGAAGCGUCUGCUGGAGCAGUUAAUCCAUGCCACCACCAGUGACCUUGACAUUGUGGAUAGUCUGAUGACUCUGGAAAUGGACAUCAAGUGGCUGAGCUCAAAACUCAGUGAGCUUACAACUGGUGGAGAGCCGGUGUCAUCGGGAGAUGUACUGAACCCGUCUACUGCCUCUACCCUGCCAUCUGUCAGCAGUCUGGGUGCUGAAAUGACCCAGGUAUUGAGUCCGAGUAAGAUCAAGGUACCUCCCAUCCAGGUGGUCAACCCGACGCGUCCACUAGCAGCUGAGGCAUACCAGGAGAAUCCUGUGAUGGCUCAGUCUACAGGUAGUGCUCCCUCAGUAUCACAGCCUGCACCUGGACAGAUAGGUGGUUUCCCCAGGAGCAUCCCAGGAGCCUCUCAGUCUGGACCUGGUCAAGUACCUGCUCUGCCUAGCAUGCCAGUGUCUGCUGCAACUUCCCAGCCUGCAUCUGGUCAGAUCCCCCCAGGUAUCAUGCAAGCUUCCUCGUUCACAUCGCAACCUCCCGUUGGUGUACCUGGCAUGCCAGCAGGUCCACAGUCAUCAGCAGGCCCACAGUCCUCUCUGAUGGAGGACAUACAGUACAGUCUUCUGCUGCAGUCUAUGUUGUUGCCUUCCGUGAACCUACUAAACCAAACAUUGGUGCGGUGUGGGGCCAGCCCAUCCAGCGUCGCAUCAAGCGCCCUGCCAAACCUCUCUGCUGCUGGCCUGACGUUCCCAACCCAUGUUGGUGCGGCUCCUGUGCCUCAUUCUGCUCCGCAACAACUGACUGGGCUACAACAACAGCAGCAACAUCGUUUAUCUCAGUUACAACAGAGACAGCAGCAGCUGGGUCAAUCUCAGGUGGCCUUUCCCCAGCUGCAACAGCAGCAAUGUCAGCCCGAGCCACUUCAGCUUGGCGUCUGUUCGCCCUGCAAGUCCUCUCCGCAAGUUCAAGAUGAGCAGCAGGAUCGUGCCACAGAAGCGGAGUCCCAGGCCCGCUGGCUGCAGCAGUAUGUGUCCACACAGUCACAAGUGAGACCGUCCAUCCUGCAGCAGAACGGCACAACCCAGCAACAUGCCCAUUCACUUUCCUCCGCAUUGCAACAUCAACAACAACAACAAUUACAGCAAGUUAUAUCCCCAUCCAGUGCUGAAGCUCAACAUAGUAUGCAGGGCUCUGUUGGAAUCAUGCCACCAGCACCUUCAGGGGGAGUAGCUCCAGACUUGUAUCCAGUGGUGGACCAGUUACCUGCCCUUGAGGGACUAGCCGCUCAGGGAGUGGGACAGACACAAGGAAAUGAGGCUGUGUUGUUGUCUGAUCUGGUCCCCCUGCUGACCCUAGGUAUGGAAGAACCUGGCUCUCCCAGUUAGUUUUGACUCACACUGAAGGCUUAAUUCGCUUCCCGACAUGACAAAGUUUAUUACAAUGCCAGUUUCUCAAGUUAGUCACAGUUUGAUUGAACAUCUGAAGUCGAGUGAACUGAAAAUGCAUACCACAGAGAUAAUCAGAAGAAUAUGUUUCUCAGAGCUUGCCUGAUAUGGAAAAUGUUUACUGAUCGUUGAAUGAUCCUGUAGGUUAGUUGGUAAAGAAAAUGUUUACUGAUUAUUGAAUGAUCCUGUAUACCGAGGUUAGUUGGUAAAGAAAAUGUUUACUGAUUAUUGAAUGAUCCUGUAUGCCGAGGUUAGUUGGUAAAGAAAAUGUUUACUGAUCAUUGAAUGAUCCUGUGUGCCGAGGUUAGUUGGUAAAGAAAAUGUUUACUGAUCAUUGAAUGAUCCUGUGUGCCGAGGUUAGCUGGUAAAGAAAAUGUUUACUGAUUAUUGAAUAAUCCUGUAUGCCGAGGUUAGUUGGUAAAGAAAAUGUUUACUGAUCAUAGUAGGAUCCUUUAUGGAGAGCUUAACUGGUAAAGAAAAUGAUUACUGCUCAAACUGGGAUCUUUUACAGUGAACUUGUUUAGUAAAGAAAGUGUCAAAAUAGAAUGCUUUACAUUGAGGUUGUCUAGUAAAGGAAAUAUUUACUGAUCAUAGUAGAAUCCUUUAUGGUGAGCUUGUCCGGAUAAAGAAAAUAUUCUCCGAUCAUACUGUAAUCGAUUACGGUGAGCUUGUGUAGUAAAGAAAAUAUUUAUUGAUCAUACCAAGGUCCUUUACGGUGAGUUUGCCUGGUAAAGAAAAUGUUUACUAAUCAUAGUUGGAUCCUUUAUCGUGAGUUUGCCAGGUAAAGAAAAUUUUUCCUGAUCAUACUGGGAUGCAUUAGGCAGACUGAAAUCUUGUUUGAUGAAGGACGGUGUUACUGGGGAAAGGACACAUCCAUUAUGGAGAGCUUUUGUUGGGUCUGGAAAAAUGCGUAAUAAUCAAUGAUAGAUCCUCUAUGGAGGACGGUAUUGUAUGAAAAAUUUGUACCGAUCAUGGAUGGAUUCUUUAUCCAGAGGUUUGGUAAAGGGGAAUGUGUACUGAUCAUUCAGUGAUCCAUGGGAGGGUCCAUGCCUCACUGGUUGUCUGGAAAAAGAGU